AUGUCGUCCUCGAACCUCGAAUGGUGGGCUGAAAAGCUCAAUAGCCCGACCGUCACACCGCUUACCAGAGACUACCCAGAGACCUCCCAAGAAAAUGUACCAAAACGUCCCAUCGAAGCACUUGAGACUUUCAGUACAAGGUCAGAAGGUCUUGCGAAAUUGUGCAGCAGCAGAAAUGCUGAGAUUGUCUUGCUGACCACAUUAGUCGCCUUGGUAGGACGACUAACUGGCGACGAGGAUGUUUCCAUAGGCACAAACACCACUUCUGACGGGCCUCAAAUCGUUGUUAGAUUAUCGCUGACUGCAUCUGAGUCUUUCGAUCAGCUUUUUGAGAGGGUCGAGUCAGCAGUUCAGGAUGCUGGCAGCCAUCCUAUCUCACUCGAAGAAGUUCGAAGCAAGCUCAAUACUCCCAUUCUCUUUCGCUUCGCUGCCUACAACACCUCCUCGUUAGGCUCUUCAGGCUACGAUACCGUCGAUAACGUAGAUUUCUUGCUUGACUACAAAUGUAGCAAGGAUGGGUCACUACAACUGACCGUCAGAUACAACCAGCGUCUUUUCUCAAGCAUAAGAAUACUGGGUUUACUUGAACAGAUUGUGCAAUUCAUCGAAAAUGCUGCAGAAGAUCCAGCCGCACCGUUGGGUGGUAUUGAGUUUAUCACACCUCAGCAACGACAGUUACUGCCAAACCCAACAACUGAUCUAGAAUGGUCCGCUUUCAGAGGAGCCAUUCAUGACAUCUUCUCCAAAAAUGCUGAAAAGUACCCUCAACGUCCUUGUGUGAUAGAGACCAAGCACGAGGAUGGGCCGGAGCGCAUGUUCAAUUAUCGCCAGAUUCACGAAGCCUCGAACGUACUCGCGCAUCACCUGGUGGACUCUGGGCUACAGCGUGGCGAUGUUGUUAUGAUCUAUUCGUACCGGGGCGUUGAUCUUGUUGUCGCUGUAAUGGGCACAUUGAAGGCUGGUGGCACCUUUUCAGUCCUCGACCCUGCUUAUCCACCAGACCGACAGAAUAUUUACCUCGAAGUGUCACAACCAAGAGCACUCGUCAUCAUCAACAAGGCUACACAAGAGGCUGGAGCCCUAGAUCAAAAGGUCCGAACAUAUAUCAAGGACAAUCUGCAUUUGCGGACGGAGGUACCAGCUCUACAACUUCAUGAUGAUGGAACGGUGACUGGUGGUGAGCAGAAUGGUGAAGACAUCUUUCAAGCCGUGCUUGAACGUAAAGCCAAGUCUCCUGGAGUUGUGGUAGGUCCAGACUCAACCCCUACAUUGUCCUUUACUUCAGGAUCCGAGGGCAAGCCUAAAGGCGUCCGAGGACGACACUACUCUCUCGCUUUCUAUUUUGACUGGAUGGCAAAAACGUUCAACUUGUCCGAGAACGACAAGUUCACUAUGCUUAGUGGUAUCGCACAUGAUCCGAUUCAGAGAGAUAUGUUCACGCCUCUCUUUUUAGGCGCGCAGCUUCUGGUACCAUCGAAAAACGACAUUCAGAACGAGCGUUUGGCUGAAUGGAUGAAGACUCAUGGUGCCACGGUAACGCACCUUACACCUGCUAUGGGUCAAAUCUUGGUGGGUGGAGCAUCUGCAAUUUUCGAGAACCUGCAUCAUGCCUUCUUCGUGGGUGACAUCCUGAUCAAGCGUGACUGCCGUUCGUUACAGAACUUGGCGCCAAACGUUGCCAUAGUCAACAUGUAUGGUACAACAGAGACCCAGCGAGCUGUCAGCUACUACGAAAUUCCCAGCCGAAAUGCUCGGGAAGGAUACCUUGAUGGGAUGAAAGAUGUCAUUCCAGCUGGUCGAGGCAUGUACAAUGUUCAGCUUCUGGUCGUGAAUAGAUUUGACAGGACAAAGACGUGUGCUAUUGGCGAAAUUGGUGAAAUUUACGUCAGAGCCAGUGGUUUGGCUGAAGGAUACCUUGGCAACCCUGACUUGACAAAGACCAAGUUCGUGGAGAACUGGUUUCCAGGUCACGAAGCUGGUCUUGAAAGUGACGAGAAAAGGCUGGAAGGUCUUAAAGAUCAGCCAUGGGCGCAGUUCUAUCAAGGGCCACGAGAUAGACUGUAUAGGAGUGGUGACUUGGGCCGGUACACGCCUUCAGGUGAUGUCGAGUGCUCAGGUCGUGCAGAUGAUCAGGUCAAGAUUCGAGGUUUCCGAAUUGAGCUAGGUGAGAUAGAUACACAUCUUUCGCAGCAUCCGCUAGUGCGAGAAAAUGUUACGCUUGUACGAAGAGACAAAUUUGAGGAACAAACCUUGGUCAGCUACAUCGUACCACAGAUAUCAGCUUGGAGGCAAUUCGUGGGGGAACGAGGCUUGCCAGAUGAGCAGGAUGAUGGUUCACUCGCGGGUCGAUUCGAGCGGUUCAGACUGCUGCAAGCUGCCGUGCAGGAGUACUUAAGGACGAAACUACCUGCUUAUGCAGUACCAACGUUGAUCGUGCCGAUGCGAGCGAUGCCACUGAACCCCAAUGGCAAGAUCGAUAAGCCUAAGCUACCUUUCCCAGAUACAGCCAUGCUUUCUGCAUCGAGGAGGCGAAAGUCGUCCAUGCUGCAACCUCAGACAGAGGUAGAAAAGCAGCUUGCUAUGGUAUGGGCUGGUCUCGUGCCAGGGUUGAUCGCCAAAACCAUCAAGCCAUCAGAGUCGUUCUUUGAUCUUGGAGGUGACAGCAUGAAAGCUCAACAACUAGCUUACCAGAUACGGAGAAGGCUGGUAGUCGAUCUGCCCAUCAGUGAGCUUUACAGAAGACCUACACUCAAGAAUAUGGCAGCUACCAUUGAUCGCAGGAAUGCAGCGACUUCACUCGAUGGUCAUCAUGUCGACGAUGUCAAACAGGAUGUUGAGACGAAUGGUGUUAAACAGGAGAUCGAGUACGGGGAAGACGCGAAAGCCAUGGCUAAGGACUUACCAAAGAGCUUUUCGAAAGCUCAAUGGUCAAUGAUUGAAAGUCCUAUUGUCUUCUUGACUGGCGCCACCGGCUUCCUAGGCUGCUUCAUCCUCAGAGAUCUGCUAGCUAGAACUGGACCCGAAGUGGGCAUGGUCUACGUAUUGAUCAGAGCCAAGGAUGAACAGUCAGCUCUUGAUCGGUUAACGCGAACAUGUCAAGCUUAUGGCGUUUGGUCUGACAGCUGGAAGAGUCGGAUCAAAUGUGUCCCUGGCAACCUGGGUCCAGAACGAUUUGGCACUACUGCAGAGCAAUGGAAAACUUUGACAGAAGCAGUCGACGUGGUCAUCCACAAUGGUGCUCAAGUGCAUUGGAUCAACACAUACGAGAUGCUCAAGCUGCCAAAUGUCCUCGGUACUGUCGAAGCGCUCAAGCUUUGUGCGGAGGGCAAACCUAAGCUCUUUGCUUUCGUCUCUUCAACGAGUGUCCUCGAUCACGACUACUACGUGCUAGAAUCCACGAGACGAGUUGCGGCUGGAGAAGAAGGAGUGUCAGAAGAGGACACUUUGGAAGGAAGCAGCAAAGGUCUCGGCACUGGUUAUGGUCAGAGUAAAUGGGUGUCCGAAUAUCUUACUAGAGAAUGUGGCCGACGAGGACUCAGAGGGUGUAUCAUUCGACCUGGCUACGUUCUCGGAGACUCGGAGACAGGCGCAACCAACACCGACGACUUUUUGAUCCGAAUGUUGAAGGGUUGUGUUCAGCUUGGCACGAGACCUAACAUCAACAACACAGUCAACAUGGUACCUGUCAAUCAUGUUGCAAGGACAGUCGUUGCCUGCGCGUUCAACCCUGCCACGGAUGGAGGCGUUUGUGUAGCCCAAAUUACUGGACAUCCACGACUUCGAUUCAACCAAUAUCUUGCUGCGCUGGAAACUUACGGGUAUACUGCCAAAGUGAUCGACUACGUUCCUUGGGCAUCGUCUCUGGAAGACUAUGUGGCAAGUCACGAGGACUUUGCGCUCAUGCCGCUGUUCACCUUUGUUGCUAACGACCUUCCGUCGAACACGUUGGCACCUGAACUUGACGACAGUCAUGCAGAGACUUCGCUCUAUGAAGAUGCAAAAUGGACUGGAGAAGACGUGAGUGCUGGUAGUGGUGUUACCAAGAACACCAUCGGCCAGUAUCUUGCAUAUUUGGUGGCAGUUGGUUUCCUGCCUCCACCAACGAAAGGCAGAGCAAUGAAUGGACAUGCUAGAAUGCCCAGCUCGACAAAGGUGCUGCCUAGCGUUGAUGUGAGUGACGAGCAGAAGAAGGCACUUGCAAAUGUGGGUGGUCGUGGUGCUACAGCAUGA